CUAUGAAUGUACUAUUCUUUGAACUAAAAAAGUCUAAUAGUCAACUUCCAUGCCUCUCUAUCCAACUCAUUUUCCUAGUAACUUCUCAUUUGGUGCAAUGUCAUAGUCUAAGUUGCUCGGACUCUCCAAAAAUGUUGUAGCACUCGUGUUGGAUCCGACAAUACCCGAUGAUAUUUUUGAAGAGUCCGAGCAACAUAGGUCAUGGUAACAACAUAUUGUUGCUUCUUCCUAGCUAGACUUUGUUUCAAAUCUUGAAAGACAAUAUGGCAGCAGCAUCUUUUCUCUUCAAUAUUGCAAACUCCAUCUUAGGGAAAUUAGGAUCACUUGCUCUUCAAGAAUUCUACUUAAUAUGGGGUGUUAAAAAUGAGCUCAACAAGCUCAAGAAAACUUUAGUCACCAUCAGAGAUGUACUCCUGGAUGCUGAGGAACAACAGGCCAAGAAUCAUGAGUUAACCAAUUGGCUUGAAGAACUCAAAGAUGUUCUUUAUGAUGCUGAUGAUUUUCUUGAUGAAGUUCAGACUUAUCAUGUGCUGCAACAAAGUCAAAGAGUGAAACAAAAGGUUUGGUUUGCUGUAUUCUCACCUUUUAAGUUGUUUGUUUUUCGAUAUCGAAUGAGUCAUAAGGUGAAGGAUAUUAGGGAGAGGUUAGAUAGUAUUGCAGCUGAUAAAGGUAAAUUCCACUUGUCUGUGAUAAGUGUUGGUGUAGAAAUGAAAAGGGAUUUGACAUAUUCAUUCAUUCUUCCAUCUGAUGUUGUUGGAAGGAGAAAUGAGAGUGAAGAGGUUGUUGAAGUGCUAAUGCAGAACGAUGGCGAUGAGUGUCUCUCCGUGGUAUCGAUUGUUGGGAUUGGAGGUGUUGGGAAGACCACACUUGUUAAGUUGGUGUAUAGAGAUGAGAGGAUAGUGAAGAACUUUCCUUUGAGGAUUUGGUUGUGUGCCUCACAGGAUUUUGAUGUAACUAAGUUGGCUAGGAACAUCGUUAGUUUGGCGAGUGAUGUGUCAUGUGAUAGCGCUAAUGUUGAACAAGUCCACGGUUCACUUCAAGAUGCUUUGAGGGGGAAGAGGUUUUUACUCAUAAUCGAUGAUGUUUGGAGUAGGGAUCGUUCAAAGUGGUUGGAAUUGAGGAGUUUGUUGAUGGUUGGAGCGUGUGGAAGUAAGGUUGUUGUAACUACUCGUAGUGAUUAUAUUGCCGCGAUGAUGGAAUCCGUAGUUACAUACAGCUUGAAAGAACUUCCACAUGAAGAUUGCUUCGCUUUGUUUCUAAAAUGGGCGUUUAGGAACGGACAAGAGAGGCAUUUUCCGAACCUUACUAAAAUCGGAGAAGAUAUUGUGAAGAAAUGCAAAGGGGUGCCGUUGGCAGUAAAGACUCUCGGAAGCAUGCUGUUUGCGAUAACUGAUGAACGGGAAUGGUUAAAAGUGAGAGACGAUGAGAUAUGGCGACUAAGACAGGAAGGCGAUGAUAUCUUACCUGCGCUACGGUUAAGUUAUAAUCAGUUGCCAUAUUAUUUGAAGCAAUGCUUUGCUUACUGUUCAAUUUUUCCUAAGGGUCAAGAAGUCGCGAGCGUCAUGCUGAUUCAGUUGUGGUCGGCUCAAGGGCUAAUAUAUUCGCCUAACGAAAGCCAAGAGUUGGAAGAUGUUGGUGUACAGUACGUGAAGGAGUUGUGUUCGAGAUCUCUUUUUGAAGAGGUUGAAACAUACGACUCAUUCAUAACUUUUAAAAUGCAUGAUCUCGUUCAUGACCUUGCUGUUUUAGUUGCACAAACCGAUUGUUGUGUCAUUAAAAACAACACAGAUAGUAUAACUGAGAAGGUUCGUCAUGUAACACUUUUCGGUUACAGUCCUUCUGAAGAAAGCAUUCCGGAAAUUUUGUGCAAGCAGAACAGGAUUCGGACCAUUUUUGCUCCGUCAGAAGGAGUUGGAAGAUAUGCUGCUGUUUUGAUUGGUCGAUGCAUUUCAAGAUUCAAGUACUUGCGCGUGUUGGAUUUACGCCAUUCAAAUCUUGAGACGCUGCCAGAUUCCAUCGGCAACAUGAAGCAUCUAAGGUACAUUGAUUUUAGCGGCAACAACAGCAUCCGAAUGCUUCCGACAAACAUUUGCAAGUUGCCUAAUCUGCAAACUUUGCGGCUUGUUCUCUGCACAGAACUUCAGAAAUUACCACGGGAGAUGGGAAAUUUGUUCAGUCUAAGACAUCUGUACUUGACAACGAAAGAGCAGAUUUUGCCGGAGAAAGGAUUGGGGUCGUUGGCACUUCUUCAAACCCUAUCCAUAUUCGGAUGUGAAAAUCUUGUAUCGUUAUUUGAAGGAAUGCAGAAGCUCGCAAAACUUAGGACUCUAGUUAUCGGUGAUUGUCCGAGGCUGACCGCUUUGCCAAGAGGCAUAGUUCACUUGUCAGCCUUAGAGAGCUUUAUGAUUGUCAACUGUGAAGAGCUUACGUUGUCAGACUGGCAAGAUUGUCGGGGCCUGAAGAGAAUACGGUCACUUGUAAUCAGAGGACUUCCACAUUUGGUGGCUUUGCCGGAGUGGUUAAAAGGGGAUUCGAAUAGUCUAAAGUUCAUUUGCAUCUCGACUUGUCCAAGCUUUGUUGCAUUGCCUGCUUGGUUGGAACACGUCACGGCCCUUGAGAACCUUGAGAUUACAGGAUGCCCCAAAUUGUCAUCUCUCCCGGAUAGCAUGAGUCGUCUUACUACAUUACAGAUGCUGAAAAUCCAGAAAUGUCCUGGUUUAACUAGACGAUGCGAGAAGGAUGCUGGUGAUGAUUGGACAAAGAUCGCUCACAUCCAGCAAAUUCAUCUCAACGAUAUCACUGUAAACAAUUAGGUGAGGAGAUGAAUGUGUCCAAUUUAUGAUGGAUGUCCCUACAUCACAUGUGAGUUCAGAGAUCACAGCUCAAGAAAGUAACUGAUCAAUUAUUGUGUCACUACAUGACAUGGGAGUUUACAGAUCUAAAAGACCACAUCUUGUUAUUUUUCUUUUUACAUACAACAAUCAACGAGUACUUCAGGAUAAGCGUGCUCGCUCACACCUACUCUCACUGUACGUGUUAAAACUUUAUUCACGCACAGGUGUUUACGCUGAAUCACAUCAAUUUAUUGGUUUGGCAGCAACACCGUGCUUAGAUCUUUCCUUAAUCCUUCUUCAUUUUAUUUACGCACUGCGUGUAUGGCUUAAAUGGUAGUCACAAAUUAAUCGAUAUGUGCAUUUCUGCC